UUUGGUAAGGUCGGGCCAUGGUGGGGAAGAGGUUGGGAAGAUGGCGUGGCGAGGCUUGGCGCAGAGAGGCUGGGGCUUUGGUCAGGCGUGGGCUCCGCCGGGUGGCAGCCACAGCUUCGAGGAGCUCACUGCGGCCCUGGCUCAGCCGCGGCUGCUCGGGCGCAGGUUUAACUUUUUUAUUCAGCAAAAAUGUGGAUUCAGAAAAGCACCCAGGAAGGUUGAACCUCGAAGAUCAGACACAGGAACAAGUAGUGAAGCAUACAAGAGAAGUGCUUUGAUUCCUCCUGUAGAAGAAACAGCCUUUUAUCCUUCUCCCUAUCCUAUAAGGACUCUUGUAAAGCCUUUGUUUUUUACUGUUGGGUUUACAGGCUGUGCAUUUGGAUCAGCUGCCAUUUGGCAAUAUGAAUCACUGAAAUCCAGGGUCCAGAGUUAUUUUGAUGGUAUAAAAGCUGAUUGGUUGGAUAGCAUAAGACCACAGAAGGAAGGAGACUUCAGAAAGGAGAUUAACAAGUGGUGGAAUAACCUAAGUGAUGGCCAGCGGACUGUGACAGGUAUCAUAGCUGCAAAUGUUUUUGUAUUUUGUUUGUGGAGAGUACCUUCUCUACAGCGGACGAUGAUCAGAUAUUUCACAUCCAGUCCAGCCUCAAAGGUCCUUUGUUCUCCAAUGUUGCUGUCAACAUUCAGCCAUUUCUCCUUGUUUCACAUGGCAGCCAAUAUGUAUGUCUUGUGGAGCUUCUCCUCCAGCAUAGUGAACAUUCUCGGUCAAGAGCAGUUCAUGGCAGUGUACUUAUCUGCAGGUGUUAUUUCCAAUUUUGUUAGUUAUGUGUGUAAAGUUGCCACAGGAAGAUAUGGACCAUCACUUGGUGCAUCGGGCGCAAUCAUGACUGUCCUUGCAGCUGUCUGCACUAAGAUCCCAGAAGGGAGGCUCGCCAUUAUCUUCCUUCCAAUGUUCACGUUCACGGCAGGGAAUGCCCUAAAAGCCAUUAUUGCCAUGGAUACAGCAGGAAUGAUCCUGGGAUGGAAAUUUUUUGAUCAUGCAGCACAUCUUGGGGGAGCUCUCUUUGGAAUAUGGUAUAUUACUUAUGGUCAUGAACUCAUUUGGAAGAACAGGGAGCCUCUAGUGAAAAUUUGGCAUGAAAUGAGGACUAACGGCCCCAAAAAAAGAGGUGGCUCUAAGUAAAACUGGGGUUGGACAAUACUGGUACGACUGGUCCAUGCUGCCUGAAGCCCUAGGAAUGCAUCGGCCCUGGAGUGACCACAUCUUUGCUCCUUCCUGGAAGACACUGAGCAUCUAACUUUCCCAGUAUUUUAAACUAUGUCCCCAGUACAUGUCUCAUUAGAAAGUGAAUUAUGACAAAGUUGUGAAAUAAAGGUUUAUAUCUCUAGUUUGUAAA